UAAAUGUGAAAUAUGUUACUAUGUGCUCAUGGUUAAGUAAAUAUCAAGUUAAUUUAAAACGGCUGUGUCAAAUCUUGUAAGGAAUACUGCAGAUCAUAAAUGUAUCCCUGAAACUUCCAGAGCAAUACUGAUUUGGAAGUAAACAGGGAUGACGUUAACAAUGUUAACAACUUUUUGCCCAAUAUUGCUUAAAUUUUGUACUUAUAGUUUAAUAAAGGUCAUAGGUAAACUACAUGUAUCUUUUGAACACCGGAUAUGAUGAAAAAAUCUUGGAUUUAGAUAUGGCAUGAUAAUGUUUGAAAAAAGUUGUUACUUUGUCGUUAAGUUUGAGUUAAGCUCUUAAGGUGACAAGAAUUAUAAAUUUAUGAGAAUGUUAUAAAUAAGACUAAACUUGAACACAUAAAGUGGAUUUGAAAGCCUUUAAACCAGAUUGGUUUAAAUUAAAUUUACAACUUUUCAACAUAAUAGUUACAAUCUCAAGUGUUGUCAGUGUUUAGAAAUAUUAUCGUAACAAUAAAUUUAAAGUGGCAAAGUUUGUAGAUAGGUAUUGAAACUAAAUGGAAAAUGUUUUGAAUACAAAGUGCUUUGCUUUUAGAAUGGAUUUAAACAAGUGUUAAAAAUGGCAUCAAGGGUUGCCCCAGGCAGCAGCGCAAAGAUGCCGGCGGGCCGGGACCCAAGGUCGUAUGUGCGGCCCGUCCCACUGCCGAUCCCCGCCAGCAAGGGGCAAAAACUGCUGGCAAGGGACACAAUCAAUUUCAACCCACAAUAUCCAUCGCGGGAAGAGGUGCGGCAAAAUAACUACAAUCGUCGGCAAUAUCAGAUGUCUGCGAUGGGUUUUCGAUCAGCCAAUCACAAGCCUUACAUUGGUAUUGGUGACCCGUUUUAUCUGGAUGAGAAGAAAAUGAUUCUACAUGCUCUUGGGCAAUGGGCCGAGGAUGAGAUUAGCACAUCCAGCAGCUCGGAGGAGUCAGAUGAUGAGAGGGAAGAUGGAGACCACGCCCCUAAACCAGCCUUUACUGCCGCCAAGUUUGUGUUGCGCCGAUCCAGAAGGGACUUGAACACGCUCAACAAGGCUGUCGUACAUGGGAGGAGCAUGAUUCGAAAUGUGAGCCUGGGCCACGGAUUGUUCGAUCUUGUCAACAAGGAAAAACAGAGCAAGAGGCUGGCAUUAGAGGAAGAGUUACGUCGUAAACAGGAGCAGCAAAGGAACGCAUUCAAGCCACCAAAGAAUGAGAGUGACGAUGAUUCUGAUGAAGACCUUGAUGCAGAUGUCGACCUUACAAGCUACAUGGUGCCAGUUGCUCCUCCCACGUUUGUUACCCAGCCGACAGAAUCAGACGAAGAGCUUGGAAUCGUCAAUGACAACGCUUCUGAUUCUGACCAGAGUCCUGAGCGUGAGCCGGAGAUUGUUACUUUCAGCGGGUUGCAACGCGCGGAGGAAGAAGAAGAAUACGUGCGUGCAAGAUCGGCGCUCGUCACCUCAGAAAUGACGUCCAGUUAUUCGCGCCCUGUUUCCCGUCGGAAAAAGAAACAGGAAACCCCUCGUCCUUACACACCUCAGCAUACGAAUCUCUCGACCAACAUUUCCACCCGGGAGUCGAUCAUGGAAGACGGUGAUCAGGAAGCGGACAUCACAAAAGAUGCGUUGUUUCGACAGUUAUGCGUACUUCACUGGAUCCUGGAGGCCAUGUCCACAGAGUCAACCAUGUCACCUAUCAUGGCUUGUUGGAGCCUCAAACCUAAAGUACUUAAGCGCAUGGACUCGAGAAGUGACAUAGGCGGCUCCCGGGCUCCAACAAAGAAAGUACAGAAAGAAAGGUCUAGGGACAGGACUCAGGAGAUGAGUUGGGAACAGUUUCUUACUAAGGACACAUCCCGGAAAGUAAUAAUUUCGCCCAGGGUUACAAUAAACCCGAUCCCUCAGAAAGUGAUGGUUCCAUCUGUAAAGGUGAGCAAGCGUUUAAGCACACAGAGGUUAUCGCGAUCCCCUCAUAUGAGACGUGGACUGAUGCAUGGCGCUUCCAAAAAUUCUGGCCAGUCUUCAGCCACAGGAAGCCAGCUAGGCAGCGCAACAGGCCUUAACACACUACCUGGCCAGUCGUUGAACGUUCGUAACCAUGGUGAUGGAGACCUCCUUUCUCCAAGGCUUGAAGAGGAGGAUGACCCCGCAUAUAAUCAAAGCAUUUUCAAGUUCCUUGAUGACUACUAUGAGAGCCUUAAACGAGAGGAAGAGCAGACCCAGGCACCUGCUGGGCCUAACUCACCUUCGUCUACACCACCAGCCACGCCUAAAAUAGAAAACAAAAAAACAGAGGAACCGAAAAAAAGGAAAAAAUCAAAGAAACGUGAAGAUUCUGCGAACCAAAAGGAAAGACGAGUCGAUGCCCGGGAUUCAGCACGGGUGUUACGUGCAAGCGCACACAUCGGCCGGGGAAAGAGCUCGGCUGCAUUACAAGAAUUUCAAGCCACCAAGCCCAGCACGAAGAAGUCUAUGCUGACAGCGGACCUUCAUAACCAGUUUGCAGAGAAGAGAGAGGAAAAAGCUUUGACCUUGCAUGACAUUCUUGACCAUAAAGAGAGCCAACGUCUUGUGGUGUGCCAGAGCAAGUUUGUCAGUCUACAGGGUAUGAGGCAUGGGAGCAGUUUCCACCGAGCCGUGCGCGACAUGCGCAGUGAGAGCUGGAAUCGUCUGCGUAAACCUCUCAGCGAGAGGAACAAAACUGCACCAAAAGGAAAUUGGUACACGAAUCUGGUUGACAAAAUUCCAGAUGAGCUUAAACAGGAAUGGUUUUAUGGGAAAAUUCUCCAGAAGCUCGCAAACUUCGGCCUCCCAUUUGCUCGAAAGGGAAGCACAAUUGAACAAGCAAUGGUGGAAGGGACGGGAAAACAGAGCAUCUUUAAAUUUAUCAAAGUACUGGAAGGAUUGAGGUCAUGGGAGAUUUGUAGCCCGGAUAUUUCCGCUGCAAUCGAGUUUUGUCGAGAACACAUUGUCAAAAUGACAAUCGAUGAGUAUGAGGAAUGGUUUUCCCAGAAAUUCCCAAAAGUAACGCGACCACAGACGGCGCCCCCUGCUGCAAGCAAGACAGAACGACCCGGGCACAAGCCUUCAUCUGCUGCUAGUUCUCGACCACGAAAUGGGGCAAGGCCGACGCAGUCAGCAUUUACAAGACGUGUUCAACGAUAAUUUUAUAUAUUUCGGUUUAAAAACAAUUAUGAUAGAUUCAAAAUCAGUCUUUAUAGUGCAUUUCUAAAAAGGUUGUAAUACUCCUAGCUUUGGUACUGUAAGCUACAGAGCAUUUGAUAUCUUUACUAUUGUAUAGUAAUUAGGAAAACUUAUUAAAUUUUAUUUGUCGACUUCUUUAUGAGUUAAAUAUAUUUUUAUUUAUUUAUUUCACUAUUGUUACAAAAUUAUUCCAGCUUUUUUAAGAAUAUAUAGAUUACAUUUUGGCUUUGUAUUUAAUUUAAACACCAAAUAGUUUGAAAUAUAUUGCCUAAAAUCAAUUCAAAACAGGAUUUGUCUUUGAAAUCUAUGCAAAUUUAUUUGGCCUAUGUACUUAUGUUUAAAAAUAAAGUUCAGUUUGACAGCUGAGAUGUGAUUUUAAGAGGAGUAUUCCAUGUCAUUAUAAAAUACAUAUCGUUUGUUUAAGGUUAUUUUGUUGUUCUUGUUUUUUGUUUGUUUUACAAAAACACCAUACACGUCUGUGAUUUAUCAAAUAGUAGCUAGAUGUUCAAAUUAUGUAAUUGAUAUAUUAACUGUGAUAUAGAUAUCUAUUCUAUACUUAGAGUUUGUUUGUUUUUACUUGUACUAUUUAUUGAGUGGUUUGUUUUAAAAUGUUCCAAUUCAUUUUUUAAGCUCAUAAAAUCAAAAGUUUAUACAUGACUAAAAUCGCAAAAUGUAAAUACUUUGAAGUUUUUUCAAAGUUUUGCACUGGAAUUCAGUACCAUUUUUAUCCUUACCCUUAGACAGUCCUAAGCGACUCCAUUCAGUAUUGCAGUGGUCUAAAUUAACACAAGCCCACUAGCCCUGCAGUGGUAAAAUAUGUUUCGGGCUUGCUCAAAUUAUGAAUUUAAUAUAGCAGGGCUUGUUCAAAAAUUUGAUGCCAAGCAAUAGUAUAAGAAUUUUGUUCAUCCAAAAGUCUUAUUUCAAUGACUGUUAUUGGUAAAAUAAUUCUACAGUACAAUCAAAACACUGGGAUUCUACUCUUAAACUGAAGUUAAAUCCCUGGGUGGUAUUUAAUAUUCAACUUAGAAUAAGUUUAUGGUUAUACAUCAUUGAGUUCAUUCACUCUAUAUGUCAGUUAUUAAUAACCAGUGAUCCGAUUAGCUACACCGUUCAUAGAUCCAAUAUUGAAUACCACCCCUGGUGUUGUAAACUCAUAUUCAUUUUAUGCUUGUGACUGUUAAAAAUAUAUUUGAAACUGUUAUUUAUUAGAUCUAAUAGAUAAUAUAUGUUAUGAAAUAUCAGCAUUAUAUAGCCAGUAUAUAAUAUAUAAACAGUAUUUCAUCUAGUUUCAUAUAUUGUUAUUUUUCUUGGAGAGAAACUCAUAUUAUUUAUUUAGAGUAUACAUGUUUGAAAUAUAUGUUGAAAUAUACCACUAUUGAUUUUUUCUCAUUGUGGUUUGAUUAUGGUCUGUUUGUUAUUUUAUAUGUUACAAACUGAAUAUCAUGAUUGUGAUAGUUUUUGUUUAAGUAUUUGUGUCAUCAACAGCUAAGAGUGUGAUGCUUUGUAGCCAAAAGAAGCUAUUCAUAACACAUCUUAAGUAAUUUCUUAACUUAAGUCAAAUUCCAAAAAUGUUCUUUUUAUCAAACUAAAAUUUAUGUGUUUUCAAUCAAGUUAAUGAAAGUAAAAUUUUAUGGAAAUUAUCAAAUUAUUAUAUCACAUGACCAGUGUGAUUUUAAGUUAACUUUGGAAAAUGACUUAAGUUUGGAAAUAAGAUGUACCGGGGUACAAAAAAUACCUGCACUGUAUUUCAUCAGUAUUAAUUAAACCAUGACGAAAUACUUUAUGGCGAAAAUACAUAUCAAUGAGAUUCAUGAACACAAGUCCAAAGCCUAAAAACAAGUAUAUUGUAAGGUAUUUCAAUUGAAAUCUGAAAAAGAAAUAUGUUGAAGUGUUAUUAUUAUUUAUUUAUAGAUAUUGACAAUGCAGUUGUGAUGCCAUGUAACUUUAAAAUCAAAAUGUUGUUUUCAAAAUACAUUUACAAUUUCUACAUAUAUACAUGUAUUUGGAUGUGAAAUAAAAUGUAUUUUAGCUUUUUAAUUAAACAAACCUUUUUACAAAUGUUAGUAUAAAAAAUAGUCAGCUUCAUAAUGGAUGUAUAAGGUAGCAGUAAAUUAUGAUUUCUUUCUCUGUUGCACCACUAUUAUUGCUUUCUGCUAUCAUUUUGUGAAAUAAAUUUGAUCUUACACUGAAUUCAAGAAAUUCUCUGUUGUCUCUAUGCUAAGAUUUAAGAACAAUGCCAUUUUUAUUACUAGUAGUAGUAAUUGUAAUGUCUGUAUUGUCACAUAAUUUUAAAAAAACAUUCAACCCAGCUAAGUCAACACUAAGCUACUUUUAUCAAGCAAUACAGGGACUAAAUAUAAAAGAGCACUGAAAUUGUUAUUUUACAUUUUCACUGCAAUGAAAUUAACUGCAAUGAAAUUAAUAUGUUAUUUUCACUGAUAAGCGGAAACGUGAAAUUAAUAUAUAAUUAUUUAAAAUUAUAUAAGUUAAAAGUGUAAAUCUUAUCAACCUGUUGUUAUACAUGCUUUGUUUAUAAAAAAGUACAACUUAAUGGAAAGUUAUAAUACUUGUAUUUGUUAAAAAAUAUGGGGUAUUAAA